UUUGUUCAUUGGAACUAAAUUAGUCGACGGAUCAAUUAUACAAUUGAUUAUUAAUGAAUUUAGAAUAAAUUUAUUUACUAUUUAAAAAAUAUUAUCAAAUUUUUGAUAGAAAUUGAAUUGGACCAACAAUCUUUCAUUAAGAGCAAAUGAAUCGAAGGUAAAAACUUUAAAUUAACAAAAAUAUUUUCUUCACAAUCAUUUUCAUGGUGAAUCGCACGACAUUUGUCAUCAACCACCUCGUCGAGGUCACUUAGUUUAAUCGUUGUCUUAUUUUCGGAAGAAACCGCUUAUCCUUUACUUUGAACCACUAGACUGUAGGUCUUAAUAUCCUAAAUCUUUUCUUGUAUAAUCCCGAAGCAGUAAUUAAUUGAUCAGUAGAUUAAAUUUUCUCCUCUGGUGGAAUAUCUUAUUUCUAUUCCUCAUCUCUUCACAAACUGUUCGUCCAUCGGAUGAAAAGGUUGUUCGUGCAAAAUGAGUGAUUCAAAAGCUCUAGUUUUAGAUUUCGUGGAAAAACAAAGAAAACUGAUUAAAAUUGAAUACGAAGCCGAGAAGGAGAAAACAGAUCUCCAUAUAUUUGAUUUGGCUCGCCAAGGAGUUUGUAUUCUAAAUUUGCGAUGUCUAUCAACUGAAGUUGGUUUACUUGGUCGAUCGUUAAUUACUUUUACUCACAAUCGCUUUGAUAGAUCAUUACCUUCUCAUAAAAUUACCUGUGGUGAAAACGUUAAAAUCAGUAAAGGUUACAACAAAGAGUCUAUUGCUAAGGGUGUUGUUUCUAAACGCAAAUGAAAUCACUGUGACCAUAGAUGGAGAGUCGCAACUCUGUUUGAAUAACGAUUUUACUAAUUACUGUUUACUUAAAGAAUCGAUCGAUGUCACUUACAAAAGAUUAGAAAAGGCUUUGGAUAUGCUUCAAGACUGUUCUGUUGACGGGCGAGCGUGGACUUUGAUUGAUUUACUAAUUGGAUGUCGAUUACCAGGUAGCCUUAAAGAAAUUGAACCGUUUGAAUUUAUCAACCUUCGAUUGAACGAUUCUCAAAAGGAAGCCGUGACCUUUGCGCUGCAGUCAAAGAAUCUAUGUAUCAUCCAUGGUCCACCAGGAACGGGGAAAACUACCACUAUUGUUGAGGUCAUUCUUCAACUUGUGAAAAAAGGCCGUAAAGUGCUGGUCUGUGCUCCAUCUAACAUUGCCAUUGAUAAUCUGGUCGGAAGAUUAGCUUCAUUUGAUGCACGGAAUAUGAUUCGAUUAGGUGAUCCUGCACGAGCUUCGAGUGAAAUGCAAUGGUUUACUUUGGACGCAGUGAUAGAUCGUUCUUAUGAAAUGACAUUUGUCAACAAGAUCCGAAAUGAAAUUGUCAAAUUACGAAACUCUCGAGGUCGUUCUAAACAAGAUCUGAUCGAUAAUUUACUUGUUAAUUUGAAAACACAGGAAAGGAAAAUAUUAAAGCAAGCAUUAAGUAAUUGUGAUAUCGUCUUAUCAACUUUACUCAGCUCCUCAAGCGAUGGUCCUCUUCAAUAUUUAGAAGAUCAUGAAAACCACUUUGAUGUCCUCAUAAUCCACGAGUGUUCUCAAGCCACCGAAGUGGCCUGUUGGAUACCUUUAACUUUCGUUGAUAAGUGUAUUCUUUCUGGUGACCAUUAUCAACUUCCUCCGACAGUUAUUUCGCAAACUGCGGCUAAAGAAGGUCUCGAAGUAACUUUGAUGGAGAGACUUCUUUCCCGUUUUGACCACGAAAAUGUGGUUCGCAUGUUAACGGUACAAUAUCGAAUGCACCAGAAAAUAAUGGAAUGGUCUUCCAAAAGUUUCUACUCGAAUAAAUUAACUGCUCAUCAUUCGGUGAAAAAUCAAUCAAUGUCCAAGAUCAGUAAUUUAACUGAUUGUCCACCCUUAUUGUUGAUCGACACCGCAGGUUGUGAUAUGCCAGAACUUGACCAUACUUCGAAGGAAUCCAAGGGAAAUGAAUACGAAGCCAGCAUUGCAGCUCUUUAUGUCAACUAUUUAAUAAUUAGAGGUGUUGAACCAGAGUCCAUUGGUAUAAUUACUCCGUACAAUUUGCAGAUUGAAUUGAUCAAAUUACGAUUGAAUCGUAAACAUCCCGGUGUUGAGGUAGGUUUAGUCGACGGGUUUCAAGGUCGAGAAAAAGAGGUCAUUAUUUUAUCACUUGUUCGGUCAAACAGAAAUAAAUCAACUGGAUUUUUAUGUGAAUAUCGAUGGAUUAAUGUGGCCGUAACUCGAGCCAAGAAACACCUUGUUGUCAUUUGCGAUUCCGACACUGUCUCAGCAGAAACGCACAUCUCAUCAUUAAUUGAUCAUCUCAAAGCUAACGGUAAAGUAAAAUCAGGUAGUGAAUAUUCAAAGUAUAUGAGACCACGAAAUUAUCAAAAUCCCAUUAGAAAACGAUCAAGGUUCAAUUGAAUAAAUCAAAUUCAGAGUAUUUCCACCACACUGAGCAUUUUGUAUAAUCUUACAAUUUUUGUUAAUUCAA